AUGGUUAUCGCGACCUCUCGUGAGAGGUUCUUCACGCCGAGCACAAUCGAAAGACCAAGGCGUAUGCACAGUGCACCGUGGACGGCAUGCAGAGCCAGACGCGAAAAGAAGUGCCAGAGCUGCACAGGAAGAGCGGCAAGAAGUUCACAGGAAGAGCUGCACAAGUGGUCCGAGAAAGUCACCAGCAGAUACGUUCUUCAGGAUUUCUUGAAGAUGUGCGUCCAGAACAGACAUGGUGAGCUCGCUUUUGCAAUUCUGGAAGACAUCAGACUAGACGAUGCUCGAAUGCAACUCGAGGUUGCCGUGUGCGUCCACGGUGCGUGGCACGGCCGGACCGAGACUGGCGAGAGGAGGUGCUUUCUUUGGAAGGAAGUCACAGCAGUGGCCUUGGCAGUCCUCACUACGCAGGAGCUCUCUACAGGCUUGGAGCUCUCCUCGGUUUCGCGGUCUCAAGUGACAGAUGUGAGCGCCGUGCUAGGGCUGCUCGCGGGCCGCGUGUGUGUGCGAGGGAUGUCGCAGCGUGUGCGAUGUCGAGGCCUCGACGAGGAGAGAGCCGAGCAGCUGCUCUCACGUGCCAUCAAGCUGCGCGAGGAGGUCGCGGAGCUGGAACGUGAGGCGGCGGUGCACCCGCGUGUGGCGGGCGACUCCGAAGAGGAAGGCGACUCCGAAGGCGAGCCAGAGCCAAUCGAGGCGCUCCAAAGAGUUGCACCACGAGCAAGGCUGCUGGACCUGCCGGAGCUGCUUCCGCAAUGGCUCCUCCUUUGUUCCACGUUCCCAUAUUUGUUGCCCGCCCUGGAUGCUUGGCGCUUCUUCGGACAGGGCUUAGCGCUGCGGCUGUGCCCCAGCCUCGCAUGGGAGUGGACCUGUUUCAUGCAGGACGCGAUGCCGUUUCCAGAUCUUUUGCCCAUGCUAGAGAUCUUACAGCCGCUCCUCCUCUUCGCCAUGCCUGCCAUCGCAGUGCAACGGCGUUUGCCCCGACUGUUGCGUUUCAACCUGAACCAGGCCUUUGUCAUCGAUUUGGUGCUGUGCCUCAGCUUCCAUGCUUCAUCCUUCAGCCGAUGGCUGGCGCUGCAGCGGGGCGACGCCUUCUACGUGCCCAGCGAGGCAGAGCUGCCGCAGAUGCCCGGCAGCCGCGCCAUCCUGCUGCUCUUCGGCGUUUGCCUUUUGUACUGCGUCUCGCGCACCGCCUGCGGAGCCUUUCCCGACGGCAUCCCCUACAUCUCGGCGCAAGCGAAGAAGAGCAUGGGCUCCAGUCGAACGCAACUUCCGCUGAAGCGGUCUGGCACAGGGCGGAGCUAG